GUUUGGCCGGAUCAUAGUAGUUUCCACAAUCGCCAAUUGUCAUGGAUGUUGUUGAAACUUCUGGAAAGCCUUCCACAAAACCUAGUAGUACAUCAAUUUAUGAUGAUGAUGAAGUUGUCGGCUUUGAGAAACAUGCAGAAAUUAUGAUGAAGAAAUUGACACAAGGAACAAAGGAGCGGGAUGUUAUCUCCAUCUAUGGAAUGCCUGGAUUCCGUAAAACAACUUUGGCAAGGAAGGUGUACUACCAUCCCUCUAUUGUUAAUCACUUUGAUGUUAAAGCAUGGUGUGCUGUGUCACAAGCAUAUAAUAGAAGGAUGUUAUUGGCUGAGAUUUUCAAACAAGCAACAAAUGAUGAUAGCGAAAUCAAAGAGGAGGAUGAUGUAGCUGACAUGUUGCGCAAGAGUCUAAUAAGCAGAAGAUAUCUCAUUGUAUUAGAUGACAUUUGGGAUGUCGAGGCAUGGGAAGAUUUGGGAACAUGUUUCCCUCAAGGUAAAUAUGGAAGCAGAGUAAUGGUCACAACACGAAUUGAACAAGUGUCUAAGGAUCUUCAUCAUCACAGUGAUCCUUAUUCUCUUAGCUUUCUAACGUUCGGAGAGACUUGGGAAUUAUUGGAGAAGAAGGUAUUUCGAGGAGAAAGUUGUCCCCCGGAUCUACUGGAAGCAGGGUUACAAGUUGCCCAACACUGUAAGGGAUUGCCUCUUGUGGUUGUCCUGAUUGCUGGAAUUAUUGCAAAAAUGGAAAGGGAGGCAUCCUUGUGGCUCGAGGUUGCAAAUGACUUAAGUUCUUUUGCUUUAGGAGAGCAGAGUAUGAAGGUAAUACAAUCAAGUUAUGACCAAUUAGAAGACCACUUAAAGCCUUGCCUUCUUUACAUGGGAUUGUUUCCAGAAGACCAUAAGAUUCCAGUGGAUAAUCUGCUGAAGUUGUGGAUGGCUGAAGAGUUUGUAUUGAAUUCUGAAACAGAGAACAUCGAGGAAGCAUCUCGAAAUUGCUUGAGUGAUUUGCUUAACAGAAGCCUAGUAAUGGUCUCCGGAAUGAGAAUUGAUCAUGUUGUAGAAUACUGCUCACUUAAUGAUGUAGUGCGUGAGUUCUGCUUGAGAAAACUCACAGAAGACAAGUAUACUCAGGUCGCAGUGCCAUACAAUCCGUAUCAACAUUUGCAUUCCACGGAAUCACGGUUAUGCAUUUAUAUUCAUGAUGAUCUUAUUAAACAAUUAGAUCAUUCCGACUACCAGCUGGAUAAGAUUCCAAUGCUCGAUUUCAAGGAAACAAAAUCUCUGGAGUUCAUUGCUCAUCCAAAACUCAAUACAUGGAAUAACCUAUAUUCAAAUCCUUUACAUUUAGCAGUUAAAUUCAGAUCUAUUCGGGCAGUGUAUUUGAUGGAGUGGAUAUCACAUCUACACAAUCUCCAAACUCUACAGCUCCGGUCCAAUGAGAAGUUACACCUAAGGGCUGCUACUUUAUGGGAAAUGACGAAGCUAAGGCAUAUGAAUAUAGACUGUUUUUCGUUGGUAUGGGAAGACAUUAAUGAAGAAGGAAGUUUUGAAGAAUGUUCAACAAUGCUAGAGAACAUGAAGACUUUUCACACUUGCCAUAUAUUGUUAGAUAAUAAGAAUCCAAGGUUCUGGUGGAGGUUUUCAAAUCUCGAAGAUCUCAGCCUCCACGUCAAAUGUGUACCUAAGUUUCCUUUGUUUUCCAUACCGAAAGUUCAUACUAGCCUUCAUUCUCUUUCUCUGGUUUUAUCUUUCACGGAAUUCUGGGAUUCAGUUGGCCGAUGGGAGAGCUAUUGUGUGUUCCCUCCAAAUCUUAGGCAUUUGUGCCUUGCAGGCUGUUUGUUAACUGAACAAAUGAUAUUAUACAUUGCAAGAUUGGAGAAUCUUGAGAGUCUGAAAUUAGAGUUGGGAAUUCCUUUGGGGAGAUCAGAGAGCUAUUGUUGGGACGUCACAAAUGUGGAGUUCCCUGCACUCAAAUAUUUGACAUUACUCGGUAUGCAGAUAGACGAAUGGAAAGCUUCAGAGGAAUCCUUUCCCGUGCUUGAGGUGCUAUCUAUAAAAGCUGGUUUCGAAUUCCUGGAGAUCCCUCCUAGCUUUCAGGAUAUUCCAGCACUGCGACUUAUUGAACUGUUUGACUGCAACGACUAUCUUGUUGAUUCAGCUUUGAAACUCAAAAAAGAAAUUGAAGAAAACACAGGAAGUGACGGUCUCCAAGUUGUUAAAUUGAAGGACUAAUAAAGCUUAUAGCGGAAAACACCUCUUUAGUUUCUUCCAUCUCAUAUAUAUGGAGAAAACAAUUCUCUGUAUGUAUAUUCAAUCUUGUAAUGCUCAUGAAUUUGUUAAACUGCUUAUUUGAUUUUAAAAGGCCUAAAUUACUCAAUCACAGAGACUACUCUAUCAAA